ACCUACCUCCUUUCUAAUCCCACAGUUUCCAUUUCUCAAGAGUUAGUAACUGCAACCUCAAAACACCCACUACUUUCAACUGCAUACAUUAGAGAAAAAAGAGAGAAAAAAUGACAAAGAAAAGCUCAGUGCUGCAUUCAAAACUCCAAGAACUCUCAUCCAUACUGGAUGAUCUGUUGCUGCAUGCCCCUGAUCAGACACAGUCCCAUGAAUCUCUCUCCAAAGACAUAAAGAACAAGAUUGCUUUCAUUCGGAAAUUGUUAUCUGCUGAAGUUGCUUCCAAUUCUCAAUCACCAUUGUCAUUAAGUCCCCACCAUCUGCACCACAUUUCCGAGAGACUUGCCUCCUUGGAGAAAGCCUUUCAUGCAUGGAACACUCAUCAGACACUGUCCCCUGAAGACAUCAACAUCGACAAUGAUUCUACCUGCUCUUGCUCCAAUGACGACGGAGAAGAAGAAGAAGAAGAAGAAGAAGAAGAAGAAGAGGUUUUUCAUGAUGAUGUUGGCGACACUGACAAGGAUAUGGUGGAAUUUCAUGAUGAGAGGGAGAUAACAAAGGUUGGAUUUGAUAGGAUCGCAUCUUUUGCUAAUUAUGAAGAUGCUAAGGAAUUUUUUGAAGGUGGAUACUACAAUGAAGAUUUUAUAAUUGUCUUCAUGUGAAUAUAUUUCUUUUUGACCUUUGGAUGAUGGAUUGUAUGGUUAGAUUUUGAUAUUUAUAAAAGUGUUGUUUUUGUUUAAA